GCACAUUGAAGUCAGAUGGGCUUGGCCAGAGUUGUGCUCCAGCAGCAACGCAGUCAUUACUUGGCGUACAAAACUUUGUAACUAAAUAUAAAUGCAGCUUUAUAAAUAUCUUCGUCUGCACUUCUUCAAAGAAAGCUUCUAGAGGCACCAUAUGCUCAGCAUGGCAGGCUGUGGAGAAGUGGACUGUUCAGUGAUUGCCCUGGCUCCCUCCAAGCUGACGGAGGAAGUUGGAGAUACUUGUGCCACAGACUCCUCCAGCCCCACCACCACCCCAGAGUGUGCCAUCUGCCUGCAGAUCUGCGUCCACCCAGUACGUCUCCCAUGUUGCCAUGUCUUCUGUUUCCUGUGUGUGAAAGGUGCCUCCUGGCACAGCAAGCGUUGUGCUCUUUGCCGACAAGAGGUCCCAGAGGACUUCCUUGAGCGGCCAGUUCUCCUCUCACUUGAAGAACUGAAGGCAGCAGCUGCAGGGGUGAGCCGAAGUGGAGAGACAGGGGGCGGUUCCCGUGGAGACUAUGCAUGGUACUAUGAGGGGCACAACGGCUGGUGGCAGUAUGAUGAAAGGACCAGUCGUGAGCUGGAGGAGGCCUUUGCCAAGGGCAGGAAGAGCACAGAGAUGCUGAUUGCAGGAUUUCUUUAUGUGGCAGACCUGGAGAACUUAGUGCAGUAUCGCCGGAAUGAGCAUGGCCGCAGGCGCAAGAUAAAGCGGGACGCUGUAGAUAUCCCCAAGAAGGGAGUGGCAGGACUGAGAUUAGACCCUGAACCAGCGCCCACCCCUGCUUUACCAGUUGUCGCCCCAGCUGCAACAGAACGUGUCAGCUCAGCCGAUGGAUCGGACACUGCAGGUCAAUCACAGUCUUCAUCAUUUGGGAUUUUGUCUCUUCCCCCUGUUAGACCUCCAACACUCCUGGGGCACCAUCUCACCAAUCCUUUGUCUCCCUCACCCUCAACCCUUGAAGAGUCUCUCUCCCAGCUGCUAAUCAGCCAGCCAGAGGGGGAAGAGGUGGAAGGAGACAAUGAGCUCCAGAUUUAUGAGUAUGCAUCUGGCAACAGUGAGAGUGAGGAGGAAAAUGAGAGUGAGAGAGGAAGAGCAGAAUCGAUGCCACAGAGAAGACAUAGACCAAGACUACUAAGAGAGAGUCAGCCGACCAGAAUGCCUCCGAGGGGCAGGCCCUCCAACUCGGCACUCAGUCUCCGCUCACGUAGUCCCGAUGGACAGUGCACUGUGACAGAAGUGUGACUGCAAAUGGACAGUGGUAUCUGUCCUCUAGAUGACAGAUGUUAACUCUUAUCGGUUCAGCAAAAAAGUGUGAAAACUAGUAUGCAUCUUUUAAAGGUCCCUUGAAACUAAAAAUGUAGAAAUACCAAAAACUGUUAAAAAAUGUACAAUAUUCUAGCCAUUUCAAAGGACCUUUAAAAUGUCUUUGUGCUUUUUCUUAAAGACUAGUUUCAGCCUUUAAAUGGUAGUCAUGCAUCGCUCUCAGCAACAGCCUUCUUCCAGGCCAAAAGAAAUGUGACGAACUGUAGCAAAAUAUUAAACAAUGUUGUCGAAAAACAACCAUCUGUCACUGCCUUUACAUCAGUUUGUGACAGCGCAAUACAACGUCUUUGAAAUUCAAACUAAUCCCUCUUUGUUCUCUAAUCUUUUGAACUCAUUGUUAAUUUUAAUUUUUUUCUCUUUUGAAGUGAUGAUAUAAAAAUCAAGCUUAAAUGUAGCACCUUAUGUACCCGUUACAGAUAGUUAAAGCUGCUUUUCCUGCUUUGCUGAUAGGUUUUUUGAAGUAAUGAAGUUUUAAUCAGGACCUAAUUAUUAAAUAUUUAAAAUUUUGUGUGUGUGUUUGUGUGUGUGUGUGUGUGUGUGUGU